AGACUACUCAAAUCGGUUAAUAAGGUUCGAGUUGUCAUAGUAAUAGCAGGCAGGUUAAACAAAUAUACAGAUUAUGAUAUAAUAGAUAUCAAUCGAAUGCAUCUCUCUCAUUUAUUCCCAAUGCAGAGUGUGGGGGCGUGGCUCCACCUAAAAUAAGACUCUGCCUCCUUAUGCAGAUUGGCCAGACCUGCCCUCUCCUAGAACCGGGUAGUUCAGCGCUCCGGCGAUUCUCAGUAGAUGACUCUCCGUCUCUUCGCACAUUGCACAAGAGGAGUAGACUGGCUAGUGUACGCCAGUUUGAGCCGUCCUCUAUUCCAAUAUCUUUCGGAGCUGUUGUUGACAUUCAACCAACACUGAAGGGAACUUGUCAAAAAAGUUAACAUUUUGGAUUGAUCAUAACGAGCGCAUUUACCCAAACUUGUAGGUCCUCGUUAAAAACUGUCCUCACGGGAUGUUCGACCUAACAAAGGAAUGGAAUCUGUCGUUCGCCGGCUGCGGGUUCCUGGGGAUCUAUCACAUCGGAGUGGCCAGCUGCCUGUUGGAACAAGCGCCCUACCUUAUCAAAGGUGCCACCAAGAUCUACGGGGCUUCAGCUGGUUCCCUCUCCGCCUCGAUGCUCGCCAGCCAGGCAUCCAUAGCUAAGUGCUGUGAGGAUGUGAUCGAGACAGUCAAGGAGGCCCGGAAGCGUAACCUGGGUCCCCUCCACCCCUCCUUCAACCCGGUCAAGAUCAUCAGGUCGGGCCUGGAGCGCGACCUGCCCGCCGACGCGCACACACUCGCCUCCGGGAGGCUGUGUGUGUCACUCACUCGUGUGUCUGAUGGACAAAACGUCAUCGUGUCCGAGUUCAAGUCCAAGGAGGAGCUCAUCCAGGCACUGCUGUGUAGCUGUUUCAUCCCCAUAUACUGUGGCCUGAUCCCUCCAUCCUUCCAAGGAGUGCGUUACGUGGAUGGGGGAAUAAGUGACAACCUUCCUCAGUCGGAGCUGAAGAACACCAUCAGCAUCUCUCCGUUUUCGGGCGAAAGUGACAUCUGUCCACGGGACACCUCCUUCAACUUCCACGAGCUUCGUCUCACCAACACCUCCAUCCGGUUGAACCUGAGCAACAUGUACCGCCUCAGCAAGGCCCUGUUCCCCCCAGAACCCAAGGUCAUGGCAGAGAUAUGUCAGAGUGGCUACAAGGAUGCCCUUCGCUUUCUUGAGGAGAACCACCUGCUGAAGCUGGAGUGUCCGACUGCCGGCCCCAACCCCAACCUAUCAGAAGCCGCCUGCUGCAAGCCCAUCGCCAUGGAAACAACAAAGAACUGGAUGUUCUGGCGGCUCCGCCUCCUGAGGAAGCAACACUGGUGGUUGGAUGAGCAGAUUGUUGACAACCUGCCAACCCAAAUCAAAAAAGUGUUUUGUGAGGCGUGCCAGCAGAAGCCUGGUCUGUAUGCUCAGGUGUCCGAGAUGCUGCCGGUCAGAGUGUUCUCCUACAUGCUCCUGCCCUGCACACUACCUGUGGUAUCAGCCUACUCAGUGGGCAAGAGGUUUGUGGAGUGGAUCCCAGAGGUGCCUGCAGAUAUGCGUUGGCUAGCUGGGGUGGCUGGGGAUGUAGCUGGGAGCGUGUACAGACAGACUCGGAGAGGAGCACCAGCAGACAUAACCAGUGAUGGUUCCCUGAGGAAUUGCAUGAGCCUGCCGCUACCCCUGGACAGUGACGGACCCAGGGAGAGAGACUGUCACCUCUCCGGGUUCGCUCGUUCUGUUCUCAACUUCCAAAGCCAAUACUGGAACAUCCCCGUCCCCCCCCCUUCCUACUGCUCCACCAGCCCCCACACGCCCAGCCCCUCCCCACGACAGAUCUGCUUCAGUGUUCAUUUUGGCACUCUUUUUUAGAUUCAUUCUAGUCUGGCAUUUUGACUAAAAUAUCAUUAAAUCUUAGUCACAUUAUGUGAUUUGAAUAAUGAUUUAAUCAUUGUUAAAAUGACAAAAACAGAGCCAUUUUAGUCAACUGAAUGCACUUUAAUUUGAGUCAUAUUUUAGUCACAUCACAUUUGUAUUGCCUCAUUAGCCACAAAUCACAUGUCCAUCCAGAGUUUUUAUGGGAGUAAAGUCAAACCAAAGAUUUUUAUAACUAACCCAAGAUGGACCAUAACAACUGAGAUGGUAGGCUAUUCAAGAAAUAAGUUGUUCUAUCUAACGUCCAAGCAGGAAAGCAUGAUUCCAGAUACAGUAUUUUGAUGUGCAACCUAAUCCAGUGAUUGUCAGGAAUUGCGAGUUGAUAUAUUUAUGAAUUGUGAGUUGUUAUAUUUUAUUGUUAAAAUAGGGCUCCAGAAUUUUCUGAUAUUUUUUGUUCAAUAGAGAUGAAUUUGACUAUAUCGUUAUGUGCACUAAUAUCAUAGACAAAUUUAUUUUGGGGCUUAUACACCACAUGAGAAAGUAAAAACUCAAAACACAUUAGCUAGAUCACUAAUACUAAAUAUAAUACCCACUGCUAGUAGCCAGGUAUUCAUCUAAAAGUAAAUGUAAUGUCCUUUUUUUGUUGCAGUUGUAGCCCUGCUACCCUAUGCACUCGCAAUAGCGCAUUUCGCAGGCUUCGUAUCUUAAAGCCAUAUCUAAUAUUUUGAUUGUAAAAUAGUUGCUAUUUUUUUUUAUUUAACUAGGCAGGUCCGCUAAGAACAAAUUCUUAUUUACAAUGCCGGCCUACACCGGCCAAACCCAGAUGACCAAUUGUGCGCCGCCCUACGGGACUCCCAAUCACUGCUAGUCAUGAUACAGCCUGGAUUUGAACCAGGGUGUCUGUAGUGAUGCCUCAACCACAGAGAUGUAGUACUUUAGACCGCUGUGCCACUCAGGAGCUCAGUUGAGCUGAAUAUUAUGUAAAUGACAAAUAUAAAAGUAUACCCACAGAAAGCUGAGCACAGUAGUUGCUUCUAAAGCUAUGUAUUUCCUGCAAUUGGAUUUUUAAAUGUUAUAUUGAAAUGCUAUACAAUCAAGAAGCCUUUUUUCUCUCUCCCGGAGUGCACACUGUGGCUCCAGCGAAACAAGCCAAGGGACUGGGCAGACACUUUCAUUGCAGGAAUCAUGAGGAUAAUGCACUUUACUGUUUGACCAAAUCAUGGUCUUAGCCACCCAAAAAAAUAGGACUUUUUUUUAAAUUAUUUUUUAAAAACUUUUGAGUGAGGUGAACAUGUCAUGAAAGUUCAGCUCGCACGGCACCCAAUACAAAUGUAACUCGCACAGCCAAGUCAAAGGGUUGCAAAACGCCAUUAAAUGGUUUCAGUCUAGAGCCUUGCCCCUUGACAUACUGUAGCUAUAUUGUAAUCAAAGUUGUGUCAUAAGUAGUGGUCUGAUACUGUAGGUUGCAGCAAACCACAAAGCUAGCACUAUCAAUCAGUUAUUAACCUAUUUGAGCGACAAAGGAGACUGGUGGGAGGAGCUAUAGGAGGACGGGCCUUUUUGUCAUGUCUGAAAUGGAAUAAAUGGAACAUAUCAAACAUAUGGAAGCCACAUGUACCAGCUAAAGUUCCCUCCCACGGGGCCUGUCUAUAGUGUAUAGGAACUGAAAGGUGGAUUAGGAUAGGCAAAAAAUUGUCAUGUGAUCGAAUAGCUUUGGGAUCCAAAACUGUUAGACACACUAUUGACUCAAUCAUGUAUUUUGAUCACUCCACCAAUCAUAUUUUAUUCUACAGUACACAAUGUAAAACAUUUAACCAGCUCACCACCUCUGCCAGUGAAUUAUUGUUUGGAAAUGCACAUUUUAUAAAUCACUUUGUCUAGUUUUACCAGAUAACGUGUUAUCACUACCUACGUACCUACAGUACCUACAUGCCUACAGUACCUAACUACCUGUGUUCAGUCAAAUGUAGCAUUCAUGCCUCCUUCCUAAUGGACUGUUGACCUGAGUUGACGUUGACUUCCUUGACUAAGAGCUGUGUGUUUUCCUGACUACUAUUAGACAGGACCCUUGAACUGAACUAUGAACUACUGUGAUGAGCUGUGAUGUCAAGAAAUUUGAAUCACAAUAUCUCUCAAUGUUGACCAUUGCUUUUGAACAAUAACUUUAGGUGCAUAGGAUUCACAAUUUUAAUGGCAUAAUCAAAUGUCAAAUUUAAGUUACCACACUGCCCUAUUUAUAGUAGGGUACAUACUGUACUUGUAUUUAUAAUGUGUGUAACACUGUGAAAACCUCUACCUACUUGUCCCUAAGAUGGCAGAUGGUUAAGAUGUCCCUAAGAUGGCCUAGUGGUUAGCGGUAUAUUCUUUAAAUAUACUUUACUGUUGUUAUUUCACAUUAAGGACCUUAUCUUAAUAACAUAAAACACAACAAUGUUUUUUAUGAUGUGACCUUUUGUGUUUAAAUAUACUGUAAGUAUUAAAAUCCUAUUUUGGUGCCUCAUCA